GCGUGUUCCGUGCUCUGCUUCGCGGUGCAAGUGCAAGUGUUUUGUUAAUUGUGGUUUAUGUUCAUUCAAAAUCAUUUGCAUAACGUGCAUAGAAACAAUGACUGGUGAACCAUCCACUGUUAAGUUGGGCCUUGAAGAAGGACUACGGAUAAGACGAAUCGCGGGAGGAUGCAUUGUGAAACAUGCUCCGAUUUUUUCCGCCGAUGGAAGAUUGCUGUUUCUAAUCAAUGAAUACAGCGUUCAAGCAUUCAGCACAAUUACGGGAGAGUUGGUACACAACUAUGAGUAUACACAGUCAAACCCUGAGAAAGAAGUGCUGGUUGGCCUGGUGAUAGAUAGUACCAACAGCAAAUAUAUUUAUGCUUGCACAUGCAAUGGAAUCAUAGUGUCGUGGAAAAUAGAUUCCGGAGUACAGUUCGAAAGAUAUGAUGUACUAAAUCAGCAAAUUGCUGUCGAAUCCUUUCAUAUUCUUUAUGAUGAAAAUGAUAUGCCCAGCUUUUUGCUUUUGGGAACAAUGAGCUCCAAAAAAAGAGUUUUUCUGCAGUACUGUCCGCGUGCCAGGACAAAGUUAAAUAAGAUAUAUCCAACUCUGCAUACCGUUUACGGCGAUUUACCUGACAACGAUGAUGUGCGGAAUAUGCGCAUCGUGGCAGCAGCAGGUGGACGUGGCUGGAACUAUUUCGCCUACAUCAUUAAAGGUAGAUGGUACUGGUGUACGCUGAAACCGAGACCGUUUGUUAAUAGUCGCAAACAUGCCGGUGGUAACACACCGCAUGUAAUAGCAUGUCAUCCGGUGGAAGCAGUGGUAGCGGUUGGCGAUAGCUCCGGGCGCGUGGUGCUGUAUCGAAACUUUCUGAAGCAGAACACAAUAAUCCCCGAAACGUAUCACUGGCAUCCACAAACGGUACAAACGAUCGCAUUUGGAAGCUAUGGAACACACUUUUACUCCGGAGGUUUAGAACGUGUGUUGGUGAAAUGGGAGAUGGGAAUGCAGAAAACGGAUGAAGUAUUGGCCCGAAUUUCAGACACCAUCCUGCACGUGGUGGUGGGACCGGAUAAUAAUAAGCUGGCAGUGUGCACCGCUGAUAAUGGUAUUCAAAUACUCAAUGCCCAGCACAAACAGAUAGCGAUCGUGCAAAACUUUUCCGGCAUAUCGACUGUCCCAGCAGACACUCCACUCUUCCCAGCAGGGUUGCGCGUCAAUCCCAGAACGCAAGCAAUUGUCCUGAAUGGACGGGAGGGAUGCAUUCAAUUUUUUUCGACCCACACCAAGAGUUUGCUCUACACGCUGGACAUAACGCAGCGCAAUUACAACACCGUCGAAGCUGAAACCUUCUUACACAACACGGUUGUGACGAAUAUUGCGAUCAACGCGUAUUGGUUGGCUACGGUCGAGAAUUGGUGUGACAAUCAAUACUCGAUGGAAACGCGUCUGAAGUUCUGGCGGUAUGAUGAAUCGCACCAAACGUACGCGCUCUGUGUCAACUUCGAAAACGUCCACAAUGGCGGUGUGAACGAUAUAGCGUUUUCGAGCAGCACCCGCGAACGGGAUUUGCAGUGUGCCACAGCAGGACAGGAUCGUCGCAUUAAGGUGUGGUCGAUAGAAAAUGUGCAAACGACUGAUGGCGGCGAAAAGUUGAUAUGGGUUUGUGUGGGAAGUGUACAGCACCGUAACCUUCCGGUCAAAUCCGUAUCAUUCUCCCAAGAUGCGUCCCUGCUAGCCGGCGGUUUCGGCAAUGUGCUAUGCACGUGGAAUGCUGAAACAUUACAGUUAAAAUGUAACCUUUCCGCCCCGAGCGGACUUGAUGGGUGCGUGAACAGAUCGAUCAUUUUGGUACCGACGACGGAAGGGCAGCCACAAGAGCAAGAAUCGUAUGAGAAUAUUCGCGCAAAGAUCGUACUCGACAUGAUGUUACUGCUGAGCGGGAAAGAAAAGAGUUCUCGUGCUGCAAAAUUAAGCCAUGGUUGCAAGCGAAACGAUCGUAUUAUUCAUGCUAAACCAAUUGGGAAACAUUUGAAAACAAGUAGUAUUUCUAACGAUCUGAAAAGGUUGAUAAUGCAACGGACGGCAGCGAAUGUUCAUCUCAACAUGGCCUAUCGGGCAGAAAUUUAUCACACAUUAGCAAUCAUUUGCCGCGCUACUAAAGAGAGCCGAAAAAUAAUUCUCAAUAAAAUCUUCGGCAUGGGACGACCGCAUCGUAAAAUGGUUCAACAUUUGCAACAGUUAGCCGAAUGCAUCGAUACUCGCACGCUGUUUCGAGAAUAUCGCCGUUUGCAAAACUUCCAGCGUCGUAAGCUAGCUGCCAUAAAGGAUAAAGCUCUGGAUGAAAUAUUUUCACUAGGUAAAAACCCGAACCAUGUAACUUCCAGAACAAAAUUGGAAACUGGCCAAACGGUUAGCAGCAAAGAAGUGCCGAUUAAAGGUUUUGCCCAAAUUCACAAAGUGUUCUUCUGCUAUGGACAAUUUUCCCAUCUGUUGCUUAUCUGUACGGAGAAUCGUUUAAUCGUUUGGAAUUUACUUACGCUAAAGAUGCAAGUAUCGGUGUACCUUACCAUCGAUCAAAUAGCGUUAGAUCCCUUCACGAACCUGAUCGCAGCAUUCACGAAGCAACGCGAAGUGUAUGUAUUUCUGCCCAACAUCCCGAUGCCGCUGUUUCAUCGAAUCCAUUUACCAAAAGUCUUUGGUGCAGCUUGGAUUCCUCGUCGUUAUCCACGUUCCCAGUCGUUUAAUGUGGAUUGGCAGGCUACUUCCCAGCUAUUUUUCCUGAAUGAAAAUCAGGAACUGCUGCAACUGGUUUCCGACAGCGACGAGGAAUCUUUAGGACCGGUGGUAUGCAUGAAUGAGCCUACGAUAGGUUUGAACACACCUUUUGCCGCUAUGCUGCAUAAGCAAGCAGCAAGUGGUAGUAGCAAUGUUCUACCGUAUGCAGGCACAGCUGCAGAAUCUGGAAUGCGCUUGGGAAGCGCAUCGAACGCUGCACUAAAAGACAUCAUUUCAUCAUCUUCCUACACGAUGGCCCCGAUAAGCUUAUUGUGUAAGGACUUUCUUCGUUCGUUGCUCAUUGUGGAAGGGCGUCGUGCAAACCACAAUCAUUCACCAUCGUCGAACCAGCCUCCAAGUACGGCUGCCACUGCUAAUGACAGGAGAAAUUCUGUCCCCGAUGCAGGUACCGUGGCGCAGGAAAGUGAUGACGAAGAAAAUGUGCUCGGUGAAGGUAAGGUUGCAAGGAAGAAGUGGUCCUCUCGCAAUUUAGCCCAGUCGGAGAUGGAUGGUAUGAAAAAAUCCAAAACACACAGAUCGUCUGUCGUAAGUGAAGAAGAGGCCGAUCUUAGGAAAUUGCUCGAUGAACCAAUAGAGAUGGCAUUUUCGUAGCUUAAUUCUACCGUACUAGCAUGGUACUUGUUAGGUGUUUUGUGAUCAGUCUAAUUGCAAAAACUAUACUGUUCAUAAAGUUUCUUAUUGUAUAAGUUGUACAUAAGGGCAAAGAAAUAAAUGAUUGAUUAACGACAAU